AAGGCCAGAGCCUGCACUGGGCUGAUUUUAGAGGAUGUCGCACACCUUGGUAUUUUCUUAUGGUGAUAAGCGGGUCAUAUCUAGGGGAUCUGGAGCGGAGGCUGUUCGGUCCAUCAAGAACCUCGAAGCCUUCUUUCAGGAUGCAGAAGAGAAACUAGGGCUGCCACCAGGCUCCUAUGACUUUUACGACACCUUUGGCAAGAUCUCGACCCCUGCGGAUUUGCAGCGCGCCUUGACAAACGCUGGCUCGGAUGAGUGCAUCAUAGAGGUGAGAGAGCACUUGCACUUCAUCCGGAUCCGCGGGCUGGAGGUUGACAAUGCUAGAUUGACAGCAAGGCUAGAUGCACUUGAGGUUGCGCUCCGAGAAACCGAGCAGCGUAGCGACAUGAAGCUGGAGG